ACAAAGCGUUCUGCUCUGUAUAAGUCUACAGGACCGGAACAGACUUGUCUGAUCACCUACGGGAAUCAAAAGUUGUCGGGAACUGGGAGUCACAGAUCGGCCCGAUUUGGGAUCGUGAUCAAGCAAAUCAUUGGAGCAAACCCCUGCGGAAAUGUGUUGUUACACAGAUAGCUCUAAUCUUGAAGACAUACGGGUUUGAGGAUUUACAAGGAAAACCCGGAUUUAUUUGUAAUAUGUUCUCCUUUUAAUCUAACCUAACAAUAUUCUAAACGGUAGCCCUAUUUUGGCACUAUUCCGAUCACAAUUUUCCAUUUGAAUUUGAAAAUAAUUUCUAAAAGAAAACAAAACAAACAUUAUCAAAAUGCAGCAACGUAACAAAUUUACGGGACCUUUUAAAAACCAUGUUUCUUUCGAUAAAAAGGAAAUCCGUAGAAAAAUUAUUAUACCCACAUUCCAACAGGCUCGACGUAGUGCCGAUAUUUAUAGUGCCCUUGUACAGGAAUUUCUCGAAGCAGGUUGUCCAACAUCUGCCAAAUAUUUUCAAAUCUUAAUCAAUAAAGAGCGGAUACUAUAUGAGAAUGCCUCUAUAAGGGAACGCUUUCUGGAUGAACCAAAAUUGUUGUUAAGUCUCUUCGAUAACUGUAAAAUGGCUGAAAAGUCAGCACUUUUGGGUGAAAGCAAUGGACCGGCCAUAUGCACACGUUUACUACUACAAUGUAUUUUGAUGUUUGAGAACUAUGAAAGGAAAUACGAUUGGAUUUUAAUGGAUGUCUUUAAGAUUAUCAUCAAAAUAGCAGCUAAAGUAUGCGAAGCUGAAGAGGUCUCAAAGGAAUCUUUGUGUAGGAUUUACUAUAAUUACGGAAUGUAUUUAAGCAAGAGUGAUUUGGAAGAAGCUGUUAAAUAUCUGGAAAAAUCAUUUGAUUUGGCUAAGGGAAGCGAUUGGAUCGAUGAAGAACAUUCGAAUAAAGGAAAAAUUGUUCAUUAUUCCUCGGCGAUAGCCAAAAGAUAUGGCUAUGCCCUACUACAUUACGCUAAUAAUAUAUUUCAUACUGAACUCACCAAGGCCUUAAGUCAAGCUCAAAAAGCCAUUAUAAUUUUAACGGGUGUGGGUAUUGAACAUAAUAAAAGUAUUUACUUAAAAGCCCAUCUAGAUAUGGCUGAAUUUCAAAUAGAAGCCAAAAACUAUGAAGCUAGUCUUUUGAUACUCGAAAAGAUCAUAAAAUAUAUCAAACUUUAUGUAAAGGAAAAUGACAAAUAUUUGAAAUUCCUUUCACGUUAUCAUCAUUUAAAGGGUGUGUGUUUUGAACGGUAUGUUGUGAAAAUAUAUGGAAUACUAACCUUGCUUCUCGAUUCAAUAACUAUUUUGUACAUAUAUAGUCAGCAAAAAUUUGAUAUGGCUUUAAUAGAACUGCAUGAAUCACUUAGAAUCAUACACCAUUUAAACCUAAAACAACAGGAAGCUCUCGUUUUAUUGGAUAUAGCUAAAGUUUACAUUAAUCGUGGUCGUUCUCAGUUCCGUAUGGCCGAAUUGUGCUUACGUCAAGCGAAGGAGAUUUUUGUUACUCUAAAUGAUUCGUUUAAUAUUAAGAAAACUUCUUAUCUGAUGGCCAAUCUUAAGAUGCAUAAUAUACAACCCAUGAUUUUGGAUUUAAUAAAAUUUUCUUCCACCAAUUGUUGCGAUAAAUAUCGUCUAACGCGUUGGAAAUCUAUAUGUCUACCUUUUUGGCGUAAUUUGCGUCAUUGUUUGGAACAAGAAGAGCGACAGCCUAUGCAUUGUCAUAUUGUAGCAACUGAAAUUCCAGCUAGAAAUAGUCAAAGAAGAAAUUUUCAGCGCCAAGCUCCAAGGAGUUAAAACAGUAUUUUUGAGAAUUUUUUCUUUAAAUUCGAUUAUAUUUUUAUAGAUUUUGAUCUAAAAUUUUCUGUUAAUCUAAGUUUUGAAUAAAAAAAGAUUUGUUUUCAAA